UUAAACAACUUGAAGCUUCGAUAGCGUGCCUUGAACGGAGUGUUUUGAUUGAACUUUCUCUUCUUUUUAUGACUUAUCUGGCUGACGUAAGAAAAGAGCAGUAUCUCAUUUUCAUUAUUAUACCAUUUCUUUUCAAUGUGAUACGUCUCUAACCAGUCUAUAUGUGAACUUAAUUUAUUCAGUGCGUUUCAUGAACUGAAAACAUAUAAACAGCAUUUCGUUGGGUAAUUCAAAUUUUACUUCAACGCAUAUGACUAAAAUAUUCAGUUAAAGAAUUCAUAAUGGCUGCAGAAGACAUUUCUUACAGUAGAAAAUGGGUUAUUCUAAUUGUGGGUAUGGGCAUGAACACAGUACCGGGACUAAACGAUUACUUUAUGAGCCCAUUCCUUCCGAACUACCACCAAAAGCGAGGUGUGUCAGUGACCGUGAAUGGAAUUAUUUUUGGCUUGUGUCCAGUAGGCGAGGUCACAUCCGCACUUUUGGUAUUUCUAUUUCUCUUGUCAAUUAGAAACAAGAAACUUCUGGCUCUUUCUGGCAUGCUAUUGACAGGUUUCUCGCAGAUUUUAUUAGGCCUGCUAAACUUUUUAUUUCCUACCAACAAUUAUGCUUACAUACCUUUAGCCAUGAUCCUAAGAUUUGCGGUUGGAUUCGGGGUCGGUGUAAAUUUUACCUCGGGUGUGCCUAUCUUCGUAGAACUUUUCCCGAAAAUGCGUGGUCGUGUCUGCAGCUAUCUCACGGCCGCCAUGACAGUAGGCGGUGUCAUGGGUCCGGGAUUGGGCAGUGUUCUCUACUCUUGGGGUGGUUACACGCUGCCAUUUUGGGUGGUUGGUUUUUAUUGUGUAAUUUUAGCAGUUAUCGGAUUGUUCAUUAUUCCUAAACCAGAACCGACUACAUCAAAAGCUGAAACAAAUGACAAAUUUUCAGCUCGACUCGCUUUCAAUUUCAUGAAAGAUCCUGGGGUUUGUGUCAUCAUUUUUUCUUCCAAUUUGCCCAUAGCGACAAUGGGUUUCUUUAUGUCGGCACUUUCGCCUUUCUUACUAGAAAAGUACGGCAUUUCCGCCUCCAGAGCUGGCCUGUUCAUGAUUCCUUUAUCACUUGGACGUGGUAUUAUUUCUCCCUUAUAUGGUUACCUCGUUGACAAGGGGUUUGGCGUCCUAACUUAUCAGUUUGUGGGGGUUUUCGUGACCACAUUGGGCUAUUCGAUCCUCUACCUUUUACGAUUUUUGGACGAUUCAACAUUCAGCUUGACUAUACUCGAAAUUUUGCUGUUUGUCAUUAGUUGUUCAUGCGCUGCAAUUUUUGCAACAUUUAUCCCUACAAUAAUUGAAGUUUAUCAGGCAAGUGUUCGCAAUGAUGACGAAGAUGUUACGUGUCAAGCAUCGGCCAUGUACGUUGUUUGCAUCAGCUCUGGCCUUUUUUGUGGAAAUGCAGUUUGCGGUGGUUUUUUGGUUGGUGUUGUUGGGUUUUACAACUCUAUUCUCGUCAUGUGCUGCUUGACAUUAACUGCAGGAGCAAUUAGUGGAAUAUACUUUUGGAGGAUGAGUUCUUUCAGCCGCAAAAGAGAAAGUCAGAGAAACGAGGAAAAAGAAAAAACGGCAUCCCGUAUGCCGCUGUUAGAAAAAUGAACUUUAGUUUGAGUCUGACAUAUAAUUACUUAAAUCAUUUGAUA